AGUCAAGGUAGCCACAACAUGAGGGAAAAAUCGCGGUGGUCAAAUGGCUGUCAUCGCUUUUUAUGACAGAUGUUUUGCGUGAUUAAUCUGCUUUGUUAAUUCACGAUCUCGCGUGCACGAAUGUAUCAGGCGAGCUGUCUUCUCUCUUGAAUCUCGCGCGGCGAAGCACGCGUCAUCGCCCGUGUUGUCAUCAUCCGAACUGUAUAAAAAAUUUCGUCAGACUUGGAGCAGACAGAGAGCGAACGAGCAUCAAAGGAAGAAGAACGCGCCUCGUCAAAUGUCUCGCCUACGAAGCGGUUAGAUAUCUUUGAAGAGCAGAGAGAGAAAGAGAGACAGACUUGGAGCCAGCUGGUUUUGCGAGUAACCCGUCGUGGCCCAUCGUGUACGCUAAGAAAGCGUCGUCCGCGAAGUGCCGAAGUGUCGUGAAGUGAUAAUAUCGCUCGGGGAGUCCAACGACGGACAUCACAUACCGAGCUAUCAAUCGCGAGCGCGACAACAAUGGCAAAGACGUACGAUUAUUUAUUCAAGUUGCUGCUGAUCGGUGACUCCGGCGUAGGCAAGACUUGCGUGCUGUUCCGAUUCUCCGAGGACGCGUUCAACACGACCUUCAUCUCAACUAUCGGCAUUGACUUUAAAAUUCGUACCAUCGAAUUGGACGGCAAGAAAAUUAAACUACAAAUAUGGGACACUGCUGGACAAGAAAGGUUUCGUACCAUAACCACAGCUUAUUAUCGCGGAGCGAUGGGAAUUAUGUUGGUGUAUGAUGUUACAAAUGACAAAAGUUUUGAGAACAUUAAAAAUUGGAUUCGGAAUAUAGAGGAAAACGCGUCUGCGGAUGUGGAAAAAAUGUUAUUAGGUAAUAAGUGUGAGCUUACAGACAAGAGGCAAGUGACUAAGGAAAGGGGCGAGCAACUAGCUGUCGAAUAUGGCAUUAAAUUUAUGGAAACCUCGGCAAAAUCUAGUAUUAACGUUGAAGAGGCUUUUUAUACUUUGGCACGUGACAUCAAAGCAAAAAUGGAAAAAAAAUUGAAGGAAGCAUCAAAUCCACCAAAAGGCGGCGGUCAUCAGUUGAAAGCUUCAGAACCACAGAGGAAGCCACCCAGUUGGCUCGCUCGUUGUACUAUACUCUGACCCUCCAAAUAUUUUCAAUUGUUCAGCGAGAAGACACACUUAUUUACUAUCAUUAAAUACUUAUGUUCAUUUCGUCGAACAAAACUGAUGUUUUGUGGAACUUUUUACGUCCCCAGUAUUGGGUUUAGCGGGCUUACUCCUUGACAAUGAAACAUUCACAAUUGUAUUAAAAACUCGGAAAUUAUUUACAUGAAUGCAUUUUUUGCCGAAAAGACCCUCAGAGGAGAAAAUAUGUGUUAAAAUUUUCUAUUUUAUUAUAUAUAUAUAAGAAAAAAGUAUAUUCAUACACAUUUUAAUGAAAUUAUGACAAAUUGCUAUGCGUUCUUCAAUUCGUUAAUCACUAUAAUUAAACGAAUUUUUAUAUAAGUUUUUGUGAUAAAUAUAUCGAUCGAGAUUUAAUGGUCUUAUAUCUUAUCAUGCCAUUCCGAAAAUUUAUGAUAUAAUUAUUAAAUCAGUUAAAAAUUGCUAUAUGUGACAUAUUAAACACACAAUGAAUUUCUCCUCUGGCGUUUUUACACAUAUUUAAUGAGUAUGAUCACAUUUUUUUUAUCAGAAAAACUUGAGUAUAAAAGUACAUAUUAAUUUUAUGGCAAUGGGAUAAAGUAUACAUUUUUUCAUACAUGCAAAAUUCUAUAUUCUUUCAAGAUGAUUUAUAUCAUGUGUGUUGUUUGGAGGACCAUGUGUCUGUAAGAAUAUAUAUAGAAACAUACAUCACACAUCACAUGCAACAUCACAUAGAACGACU